CUAUGUUUCGUAUCGUUCGUGAUAUAGUGACGUGUCUCCCAUCGUGUCAAGUUUGAAGAUUUUCGAGAGGGUGAUGUUUAAUUAAUCGUUUCAUGUUAAUUACUUGAGAAAAAGAUGUUGACGAAGUUCGAGACGAAAUCUGCUCGAGUGAAGGGAUUGUCCUUUCAUCCGAAACGUCCCUGGGUGCUCGCAAGUUUGCACAAUGGCGUUAUCCAAUUAUGGGACUACCGCAUGUGUACCCUGCUCGACAAAUUCGACGAGCACGACGGGCCGGUGCGAGGUAUAUGCUUCCACAAUCAGCAACCUCUGUUCGUGUCCGGCGGUGACGAUUACAAGAUUAAAGUCUGGAACUACAAGCAACGGAGAUGUAUCUUCACCCUGCUGGGUCACCUGGAUUACAUCAGGACUACCAUGUUCCAUCAGGAGUAUCCCUGGAUACUUAGCGCCUCGGACGAUCAGACUAUCCGGAUCUGGAACUGGCAGAGUCGCACCUGCAUCUGCGUGUUAACUGGGCAUAAUCAUUAUGUAAUGUGCGCCCAAUUCCAUCCCACGGAAGAUAUUAUCGUGUCAGCUUCGCUGGAUCAAACAGUCCGCGUGUGGGAUAUCUCUGGAUUGCGCAAGAAGAACGUGGCGCCAGGCCCGGGCGGCCUUGAGGACCACCUGAAGAACCCAGGGGCGACCGACUUGUUUGGCCAGGCCGACGCGGUGGUCAAGUACGUCUUGGAAGGUCACGACAGAGGCGUUAAUUGGGCGUGCUUCCACGGAACGUUGCCGCUAAUCGUCUCCGGAGCCGAUGACCGGCAGAUCAAAAUGUGGCGAAUGAAUGAUGCCAAGGCCUGGGAAGUGGACACUUGUCGCGGUCACUACAACAACGUAUCCUGUGUGCUGUUCCACCCUAGGCAGGAUCUUAUCCUGUCCAACUCGGAGGAUAAGAGUAUCAGAGUGUGGGACAUGACGAAGCGCACAUGUUUGCACACGUUCCGCAGGGAGCACGAAAGGUUCUGGGUGCUCGCCGCUCAUCCGACUCUCAAUCUCUUCGCUGCCGGUCACGACUCUGGCAUGAUUAUUUUUAAACUUGAACGAGAGCGUCCUGCGUACGCGGUUUACGGUAAUCUUUUGUAUUACGUAAAGGACCGGUUCCUUCGUAAGCUGGACUUUACCACGUCCAAGGAUACGUCGGUGAUGCAGAUUCGAAGUGCAGGGAAGACGGGACCUUACAGUAUGUCGUACAAUCAGGCUGAAAACAGCGUUUUGAUUUGCACGAGGUCGCCUUCGAAUAUCGAGAACAGCACUUAUGAUCUGUACAUGAUACCUCGUGAGGGGGAUUCGAACACGGAUGCUGAAGCCAAGCGAGCGUCCGGCUAUACUGCCACCUGGGUCGCCAGAAAUCGAUUUGCUGUAUUGGACAGAGCGUAUUCGUUAGUUAUCAAGAACUUGAAGAACGAGGUCACAAAGAAGGUCCAGAUUCCCAACUGCGACGAAAUAUUUUAUGCUGGCACAGGCAUGCUGCUUCUCCGCGACGCGGAACAGGUAACGCUGUUCGACGUGCAGCAGAAGAGAACCUUGGCGGAAGUGAAAAUCUCUAAAUGCAGAUACGUCGUCUGGUCCAGCGACAUGUCGCAUGUUGCUCUGCUGGCCAAGCAUACCGUCAACAUCUGUAACCGGCGUUUGGAGUCUCUCUGUUCCGUGCACGAGAACACCAGAGUCAAGUCUGGAGCUUGGGACGACUCUGGCGUGUUCAUUUAUACGACCAGCAAUCACAUCAAGUACGCGAUUAGCAAUGGCGAUCAUGGUAUCAUCCGCACGCUCGAUCUACCGAUCUACGUUACGAGAGUGAAAGGCAAUCAGGUUUACUGCUUGGACCGAGAAUGCAGACCGCGGAUUCUCCGAAUAGACCCGACCGAAUACAAAUUCAAGCUUGCGUUGAUUAACAGAAAGUACGAAGAAGUUUUGCACAUGGUUCGCAAUGCGAAUCUCGUCGGGCAAUCGAUCAUAGCAUACCUGCAGCAAAAGGGAUACCCGGAGGUGGCGCUCCACUUCGUAAAAGAUGAGAAAACCAGGUUCGGUCUCGCGCUCGAAUGCGGUAACAUCGAGGUCGCGCUAGAAGCCGCAAGGUCGCUGGACCAAAAAUCUUGCUGGGAAAGUUUAGCGCAAACUGCCUUGCUGCAAGGCAAUCACCAAGUGGUGGAGAUGUGCUAUCAAAGAACCAAGAACUUUGAGAAGCUGUCCUUCCUCUAUCUCAUCACCGGCAACUUGGAGAAGCUGCGUAAGAUGAUCAAGAUUGCGGAAAUUCGAAAGGAUGUGUCUGGACAGUAUCAAGGAAGUUUACUGCUUGGCGACAUUUACGAGCGAGCCAAGAUUUUGCGGAGCUGCGGGCAAGCAUCAUUGGCGUACGUUACCGAGAAGAUCCACGGGAUAUCGAACGAAGAGGACGACGCUCAGUAUGAGUCAAUGAGCGAGGAACUUUCCGCGUUGGAGAAGGGCGCGAUAUACCUCCGUCCACCCGUGCCUAUUCAGCAAGCCGAGAACAACUGGCCGCUGCUGACCGUCUCCAAGGGCUUCUUCGAGGGCGCGAUGAUGUCCCGCAGCAGGACUCAGGUAGCCGCUGCUCUAGCUCUGGAAGAUGAUGGCACAGCAACACCCGAGGGAUGGGGCAACGACGAAGAACUCGGCAUCGACGACGAGGAAGGCGUAGACGCAGAGAUCGCGCCGGACGGCGAGGAGAAUCCCGGAUGGGACGUCGAGGACGUCGAUCUGCCACCAGAACUCGAGGCUGCAACGACCACCAAUGAGGAGGGCUACUACUCCCCGCCUACCAAGGGAACUUCACCGACGCAGCAUUGGAUGAACAAUUCCAAGCUAGUGGUCGAUCACAUACUGGCCGGCUCGUUCGAGUCUGCCUUCAGAUUGUUGCACAACCAGGUCGGCGUGGUCGAGUUCGAACCUUAUCAGUCCCUGUUCUUGAACACGUUCGCUCGUUCGAGAACGUCUUACGCCUGUCUGCCCAACGUGCCAUCGUUGUACGGGUACCCUCAAAGAAACUGGAAAGAUGCCACACCGAAAACCAGCGUGCCCGCGAUAGGACUGCACCUCUCCGAUCUGGUUCAGCGUCUUCAAGUGUGCUACCAGUUGACGACCAACGGCAAGUUCACCAAGGCGAUAGAGAAGCUGCAGGAAAUCCUGCUGAGCAUACCGUUGCUCGUUGUGGACACCAGACAAGACAUCGCGGAAGCGCAGCAGCUGAUUCAGAUCUGUCGCGAGUACAUCCUGGGUCUGAAGAUGGAGACUGAACGCAAGAGCCUGCCGAGAGGCACGCUAGCCGAGCAGAAGAGGAUCUGCGAGAUGGCAGCGUACUUCACGCACUGUAAUCUGCAACCCGUACAUCAGAUUCUCACUCUUCAAGUCGCUGUGAACUUGUUCUACAAGUUGAAGAAUUACAAAACCGCCGGUUCGUUCGCGAGAAGAUUACUCGAGCUCGGACCAAAUCCUGAGCUUGCACAGAAGAUUCGGGUCCUCUUACAGUCUUGCGACAAGAACCCCGUCGACGAGCAUAAAUUAGCGUACGACGAGCACAAUCCGUUCUCAUUAUGCGCAAGCACGUUCAUGCCCAUCUACAAAGGCAAGCCGGAAGUAAAGUGUCCCUUAUGCGGUGCGAGCUAUAAUCCGCAGUUCAAAGAUACGGUGUGCAAGAUAUGUGAAGUUGCCAUGAUAGGCAAAGAACAUUAAACGUCUUUUAUUGUUAUCGUAUUCUGUUAGUGUUAUAAGUAACAGAUUUAUUCACGUGCAAAUUGAUUAAGAUCAUAUGUACAUUAGUAGAUAGAUUAUCUUGUGAAUUUUAACUUGCUCCAGUAAGAUAUGAUAAAACAAGAUUUGCUUCAAACGAUUUAGAGCUGUACUCGAUCUUGGAACAUCAAAGAUAAAAUUAACAUGUCGAGAAUAAUAUAAUGCUAAAAAUUAAAAACGAUAGAAUUUAUUUUCAACUCUGAUAGAGUUAUUUACACUCGAUCAUUCCCAGAAGUGAAUAGAAAUGACUUAACAAACCCGGAAUUAAAUAUUGUCCGUUAACUAAGACAUUAUUACAAUGUAAGCUUAUUUUAUUUUAUACUUUUAUUGGGUGUCUAAUUGAGCUCAUCACAUCUGAAUAUAAGUUUUGCAUAUUGUUAAAAUCAAAGUAAUAUAAAAUUCGAUGUCCAUCAAA